AUGUUCUAUUCUGGGGCAUAUCAUUCCAAAUCUCAGAGUGAGCAAUGUUCAGAUUGGUUGUCAGAUCAGGUGGCCGAGUGGUUAAGGCGAUGGACUGCUAAUCCAUUGGGGGUUUCCCCGCAUCAGGUGGCCGAGUGGUUAAGGCGAUGGACUGCUAAUCCGGGGGUUUCCCCGCGUGAGUUCGAAUCUCAUCCUGAUCGAAUUGUUUUGCUAGUCGGGAAGUCAGGUGGCCGAGUGUCUCAGAGUGAGCAAUGUUCCGAUUGGUUGUCAGAUCAGGUGGCCGAGUGGUUAAGGCGAUGGACUGCUAAUCCAUUGGGGUUUCCCCGCGGUAUUCCAAAUCUCAAAGUGAGCAAUAUUCCCGAUUGGUUGUCAGAUCAGGUGGCCGAGUGGUUAAGGCGAUGGACUGCUAAUCCAUUGGGGUUUCCCCGCAGUGUAGACGAAGAUGUUAUAUUCUGGGAGCAUAUCAUUCCAAAUCUCAAAGUGAGCAAUAUUCCAAUUGGUUGUCAGAUCAGGUGGCCGAGUGGUUAA